AUGAAGGUCUCAAAUACUUUCAUCCAAGCCUUGGGAGUUUGGCUGUCAAUUAGCGGCGCAGUUCAGGCCAAGGAGCACUCUCGAAAUGACGCGUGCCACCCACACCAUCCAUUCAAGCCCCUUCCGGCCACCCAUGCCAGAACUCGCACGUGUCAUGUAGCCAACAAUGGCAAUGGACGCGACGAUUCAGCUAAUGUUCUGAAGGCACUGAAUAAAUGUAACAAUGGAGGAAAGGUCGUAUUUGAUGCUGGCAAAACAUAUACGAUUGGAAAGGCACUUGACAUGACUUUCUUGAAGCAUGUGGAUCUUGAAAUCCAAGGCCACGUCCAAUUUAGCGAUGACACGGAUUAUUGGCAAAAGAAUGCAUUCAGCCAGGUCUACCAAAAUGCCACAACCUUCUUCCAGAUCGGCGGUGAGGAUGUCAAUGUCUAUGGUGAGGGCACCCUAGAUGGUAAUGGCCAGGUCUGGUAUGACUUGUAUGCAAAGGAUCCCCUCAUCCUCCGGCCAAUUCUGGUGGGUAUUAUUGGGCUAAAUGGAGGUACCAUUGGACCUCUCAAUCUUCGUUAUUCGCCUCAGUGGUAUCACUUCGUGGCAAACUCAUCCAAUAUCCUCUUUGACGGAAUUGAUAUCACUGGGUUCAGCAGCAGUAAGAAUGUGGCUAAGAACACUGAUGGAUGGGACCUCUAUCGUUCCACGAACGUUGUUAUCCAGAACUCCGUAAUCAAUAAUGGAGACGAUUGCGUCUCGUUCAAGCCCAAUGUUACCGACAUUCUGGUCCAGAACCUUCACUGUAACGGCUCUCACGGUAUCUCCGUUGGCUCUCUGGGUCAAUACCCAGGCGAGGUUGAUAUUGUGCAGAAUGUGCUUGUUUCCAAUAUCUCCAUGUUUAACGCAUCGGAUGGUGCGCGUAUCAAAGUGUGGCCUGGGGCUCUCGCUGAGAUGUCUACCGAUCUCCAGGGCGGUGGUGGAUCUGGUCUGGUGAAGAACAUUACCUACGACGGAAUGCUCAUUGACAAUGUCGACUACGCCAUCGAAGUGACCCAGUGCUAUGGUCAGAAGAAUUUGACUCUCUGCAACGAGUACCCGAGCAAACUUGUCAUCGAAGAUGUUGUCUUCAAGAAUAUCAAGGGUGUCACCUCUGGCAAACGUGACCCUCUUGUGGGAAUGAUUGUCUGCUCAAGUCCGGAUGUUUGCUCGAAUAUCAACGCCAGUAACAUUGAUGUUAUUAGCCCCGAUGGGGAUGAUCAGUUCACUUGCACAAAUGUUGAUGAAGAUUUACUGGAUGUGAAGUGUGUUUCUAGCUAG